AUGGCAUCGUCUCCUAGUGAUACCAAGGCAAAAAAUUGCAAAUUUGCUGCUAGCCAAGUUGCUAAAGCUAAUAACCCUCAGGAAGAUGGAUAUUGCCCACGCUUGGUGAGGCCAGCCGAUUUCAAACCGUCCGGCUUGGUGACGCCUAACGAUUUCAAACCGUCCGGCUUGGUGACGCCUAACGAUUUCCUACUGUCCGGCAUGGUGACACCAGCCGACUUCCUACCGUCCGAGGAAGAAAGAGGAGAUGUUUUGAAGCAAGUGGGAGAUCUUAUGAAGCUAGUGGAGAAGAUGCUUGAUGGUGGUCAGGAGACUCGGGAGGAGUUGGAGAAACCAAAAUCUUAG